AUGGCUUUACAUCAACAACGUCAAGCUAAGUGUCGUCAAGUUCGAGCCGCCUCGAUGGCGAAACAACGUCAGGAGCAACAGAAAAGACAUCAACACCACAAUCAACAGAGCCAGAAUAGUAACAAAGUUAGCCAAAUGGCGGAUAAUAUUCGAGAAUUUUAUCGAACCCCAACAAUGCUGGUCGAAGAUGACCCGGCUUUCUAUCGAGAAGAACCCGACGAAGUAGACAAUCAACACCAUCCUGAAGGGAACGAAUAUAGAUAUGUACCAGAGCAUGAACGUAGAGAUUCUUGGAGAGCAGUCUCAAACGAAGAACCGAGUUCUACGAGUUACGAUGUGAAUAGUUUCGCUGAGAGUUCAGAUUUGCAUGGAGCAAGAGCACCACAAAGUGGUGGUGAUGCAUUCACAAAUGAAGGACUGGACCAAUUGAAUCCGAAAGCACCACUAUGGGUGCCUCCUGAAUCGGAUCGUAGAACACCGACUCUUCCAUGGACGUCGUCUUUGGACGCGGACACGUUGAUAGAAGCGAAAGCUGCAUCUUCUUCAUCAGCGGCUUCAGGAAGUCGUCGCAAAUCAACCAAGAAAACCCCAGCACCACCUCCACCUAUGACCCGGGGGGAUUUACCAUCCGAUUCUGAUUCGUCGUUGACGUAG